AUGGAUUCCCUCAGGCCAAUCAAACCGUUCGAUACGAAAACUGACCAGUCCCAACUCGCAACCGAAUGGAGGAAAUGGAAACGCAGUUUAGAGUAUUACCUGGCUGCAAGCGGCAUUACUGGUCAACGCGAAAAGAGGAAUCAGCUUCUACAUCUUGGAGGACCCGAUCUUCAAGAUAUAUUUGAUAAUCUUCCCGGCGUUCAUGACAUUCCCCACGUUGCCCCAGAUUCACCAUUCUACGAUGUUGCUAUUACGAAACUCGAAGCGCAUUUUCAGCCAUGUCGCAGACGUACAUACGAAAGGCAUGUCUUCCGUCAGAUCGCCCAGCAACCCGGAGAACGGUUUGGGGACUUUGUGAUGAAGCUACGGGUCCAAGCAAGUCGCUGCGAUUUUGACCUGGAAGGGAAUUCGGUUUCGGACAGUAUGAUCAUUGAUCAAAUCGCGGAGAAAUGCCUGUCAUCUGCUCUGAGGAAGAAAAUUUUGGAACGGGACCGUCCUUUGGAAGAGGUUGUGGUAAUUGGAAAGACAAUGGAGGAUGUGGAACUGCAAUGCAAGGAGAUGGCUCAAAAGGAAAAAGGGACAACUAUCGUGGAAACUGUGAAUAAAGUCAAUCCGCAAAACAAUUUUCCUCGGAAAAUUUCGUACCAACCCCCUGGAUAUCGUUCUUCUGGUUUCGCUGGAGAUUCUCGCCGGCAGUUCGUCCGUCCGGAUGGCAAAACAAAUUGGAACACGGUUUCAAAUUCCCGAUUUUCUGGUCAAGGCGGAGGUAAUCGUCAGGUCAUCGCUGACAACAGAAUCUGUUUCGGAUGCGGCCGUCGAGGACAUCUGCGAGGAGGUCAAGCUUGCAUUGCAAAGGACGCACAAUGCCUAAAAUGUCGUAGUUUCGGACAUUUUGCCAAAUGGUGUACCAAGCGAUUGAACGAUGACGGGAAGGACACAGUUCCUCCUACUAAACGGAUUAAGGCAGUUUACGAGACAGGUGGCCAGAGCAAGCCAGCUGACAGCAAAACCGAUGAGGAGAUUUGUUACGUGAUGGGUGAGAACGUGUUCAGAUUCAAAGUUGGGGGAGUUGGAAUCGAAAUGACGAUUGACUCAGGAGCUGCAGCCAACCUCGUAGACUUCCACACAUGGGAAAAACUUCGUGCCAAGGGUGCAAAACUGUCUCUCAGUACUCAUGUGGACCGCUCGUUCAAGGCAUACGGUUCGUCUACGCCACUGAAAAUUAUGGGAAUGUUCUCUGCGGAAAUUGAAGCCGACGGAAGCAAGACAGAUGCUGUUUUCUAUGUCACUCAAAAUGGCAGGCAGAAUCUCUUGGGCGACGAAACAGCCAAGAAGUUGAGAGUGCUGAAAAUAGGGUACAAUGUGGGAUCAGUGGAACCAUGUGCAAUGUUUCCGAAAAUCAAAGGAGUGAUAGUGGAAAUUCCCAUUGAUCCCAACGUGAAGCCGGUCCAACAGCCUUACCGACGUGCCCCAUUUGCUUUGGAAUCAAAAAUCGCGGACAAACUGCAGAGUCUACUGGAUCGAGAUAUAAUCGAGAAGGUUGAUCAGCCUUCAGCCUGGGUUUCUCCCAUCGUCCCAGUUCUCAAGGACAAUGGAGAGAUCCGACUGUGUGUUGACAUGCGCAGAGUUAACAAAGCCGUCCUCAGGGAAACACAUCCUUUGCCAAUAAUCGAGGAAAUCUUCGGCGGAAUAAAUGGAGCCAUUCGAUUUUCAAAGCUAGACGUCAAGGAGGCAUACCACCAGGUAGAAAUUGCUGAACGUUCAAGGGAAGUCACUACCUUUAUUGCUAAACAGGGUUUGUUCAGAUUCAAACGUCUUAUGUUCGGAAUAAGCUGCGCUCCCGAGUUAUUUCAGAAAGUGAUGGAGUCAAUUGUUGCCGGGUUGGAAGGAGUUGUUGUUUAUCUAGACGAUGUCAUGGUUUCGGGAAGAACGCAAAAAGAACAUGAUGACAGGUUGGCUAGGUUAAUGGAGCGUAUUCAGGAAUAUGGUAUCCUUCUUAACAAGGAAAAAUGUGUUUUCAAUGCAUCUCGGAUAGAGUUCGUAGGGCAUGAACUGUCUUGUGAAGGUAUUCGUCCAAUGGAAAGCAAAGUGGCUGCGAUUGCAUCGUUCAGACCACCAGUGAAUGUGUCAGAGCUACGAAGUUUUAUGGGCUUGAUUACGUACGUCGGACGGUUCAUUCCUUUUCUGGCAGAUAAAACAGAAGUUCUUCGUAGGUUGUUGCGAAUUGACGAAAAAUUUGUUUGGCAAGACGAACAUUCUGAAGCUUUUGAAGAGAUCAAAGCAGCGAUUUGCAACUCUAAAUGUCUUGGUUACUAUGAUCCAAAUGAUCAUUGCGUGGUAGUAGCAGAUGCUAGUCCUGUUGGACUCGGAGCCGUCCUCCUUCAACAAGACAAACAUGGUCAGAAACGAAUCAUUGCAUUCGCCAGCAAAGCAUUGUCGGACACUGAACGGAAAUAUUUCCAAACGGAAAAAGAGGCCUUGGCUCUGGUAUGGGCCGUAGAAAAAUUUCAGUUGUACUUACUGGGUAAGAAGUUCACACUGGUAACCGACUGUAAACCUCUCCACUUCCUGUUCAAAGAAAGAACCAAACCUUGUGCACGGAUCGAGAGAUGGGUGUUACGACUGCACACCUUCGACUAUGUAGUGGUAUACGAACCAGGAUCCAACAACUUGGCAGAUGUUUUGUCGCGACUGUCCAUGUCAAAGCCAACAGAUUUCAGCGUUACAGAUGAGAGUUGUAUCUACCAAUUGGCGGUGGCCGACAUCCCCAAUGCUAUUACGGUUCAAGAAGUGUCAGACGAAACAUCAAAUGAUGAGGUUUUGCAAAUGGUCAUCGAAAGCCUAGAAACAGGAAUUUGGACGGACUCGGUUAAGGAGUUCAAAAUGUUUGCGCCUGAGCUUUGUGUAGUGCAAAAUUUAUUGCUAAGAGGGGAUAGAUUGGUUAUUCCUGAAUCUCUGAAGAGUCAAACACUUGCCAUUGCCCACGAAUCACAUCCAGGCAUGGUGGCAAUGAAGAGGCGACUACGGCAAAAAGUUUGGUGGCCUCAACUAGAUAAGCAGGUCGAAGAUUACGUGAAGCGAUGCAAAGCCUGUACUCUGGUUUCAAUGCCUAACCAUCCUGAACCAUUAAUUCGAACCAAAAUGCCAGAGAAAGCCUGGGCUGACAUUGCAAUCGAUUUUGUUGGACCUCUCCCAUCUGGGCAUAAUCUCCUCGUUAUUAUUGACUAUUUCAGCCGGUUCACUGAGAUAAUUAUUAUGAAGCAGAUCACCGCUAGCUUGACAAUCAAGGCGUUACAUGAGACCUUUUGCCGUUUCGGAAUGCCAGAGUCGAUUAAAACUGACAAUGGUCCUCAGUUCAUUAGCAAUGAACUACUGGAGUUUUGUAAGCAAUAUGGUAUCGAGCAUAGAAGAACGACCCCGUACUGGCCACAGGCGAACGGAGAGGUCGAGCGAAUAAAUCGGUCAAUCGGCAAGCGGUUAAAAAUCAGCCAAGAGACAGAUGACUCUGAUUGGCAGUGGGACCUCAGAAAUUUAAUCUUGAUGCAUAAUUCGACACCGCAUUCAACAACCGGAGUGGCACCAUCGUCGUUGAUGUUUGGGAGGAGAAUAAAGGAUAAAUUACCCGGUCUUAUGCUAAAAGCAAAUACGAUUCUCGAGGAGGUUCAGGACCGUGACCACGUUAAGAAAAUGAAAGAAGCGGAGUAUGCGGAUACACGGCGAAUGGCAAAGGUGAAUGACCUAGAUGUCGGAGAUAUAGUUGUUUUGAAACGAGUUCAAAAGGACAACAAGUUGUCGACUACAUUCGAUUCCGAGGAGUACAAAGUCGUUGGACGCAAAGGCUCUGACUGUACACUACAGUCUACGCAGUCUGGGAGAAUCAUCCACAGGAAUGUGUCACACGUGAAGAAACUUGUUACGGCGGCAUUCGACGGAUCGGAAUGUCAGGAGGGCUCUGAACGUGAAGAUACGAUGGACAAAGAGGAAACCGUUAACUCGGAGGUUAGUAAAUCCAACGUUGGUGAUACAAAUGCUGCAACGGACGGGCUAAACAACAUACCGUGCUCUGCGAAACCUUUGCCGUCUAAACCAGAAGCGGAGAAGUCUCGGCCACGACGGGAUUCGAAGAAACCAUUGUAUUUGAAAGACUUUGAAGUUAGUAAUGUCGAAUAA